CCGCUGGGGGCGCUGGUGCCGCAGGGCGCCGCCUCUCGGCCGCUUCCAACCAAACUCAAAAGAAGUCGAGGAGGAAGGACAGAAACAGGAAGAAGAUAAAAUCGGUACCAACAAUGACUUCGACCAGGAGACUAAGCAAGGAGCUCGAAGACCUCAGGAAAUCUGGGAUGAAGCAUUUCCGCAACAUUCAAGUGGAUGAGUGUAACAUUUUGAACUGGCAAGGGCUCAUUGUUCCUGACUGUCCCCCAUACGACAAAGGAGCGUUUCGGAUCGAGAUCAUCUUCCCCGCCGAGUACCCCUUCAAGCCGCCCAAGAUCACCUUCAAGACAAAAAUCUACCACCCCAACAUCGACGAGAAGGGCCAGGUCUGCCUGCCCAUCAUCAGCGUGGAGAACUGGAAGCCGGCCACGAGAACCUGCCAAGUGAUCCAGUGUCUCAUUGCUCUGGUGAACAUCCCUCAGCCGGAGCAUCCGCUCAGGGCCGACCUGGCCGAGGAAUACACUAAAGACCGCGCGAAAUUCAUGAAGAACGCCGAAGAGUUCACAAAGAAACACAGUGAAAAGCGACCUGUGGACUGACGACACAAUGUCCUAGCUCUCCGUCUAGGAACCCCACCUCCCCCAACCUCCACCUCCUCCUCCGACUCCCUUGUUCUUACCCCCUUCGAGUCCCGCAGAGACGCCCUGUUCUCGCAUUACCUGCAAUUUGUUAGCGCUCUCCAAACCACUUCGUAGGGACUUUCUGUUUCACUUUGCCAAAAACAAGCAGGACUUUUUGGUGAGUAGACAGCGUCUGGCCUCUAGGUGUCACCUUUUUUGUUUUUUGUUUUUGGUUGUCAUUGACUUCUUUCUACUGAUUUCUUGUUAGAAGAAAAGAGAAUAGCCGGAGGUGACAUCCUGGAAAUGUAAUCAAAAAAGAAAAAAAAGUGCUUCAGUGUUGAAUGUGUUCUCAGAUUAAUCAGUAGCUUAUGCAGAUCUACCUGUUUACACAACUUCUAUGCUUCGUUUUGACAUUUCUUCGGCAUCUUUUCUGUUUCAUCGUCUCCUCCCUUCAGGUUUUUCAUUAACACGCCGUAAAUGAGCUCAAUGAAAAUCACCUGUCGCAGUACAAGAAAGUUACAGUUUGUUACUGAAGCAAAGUCUGCACAUGUAAACAAUUGAUGAAAAUGCCGCAAUGUGUUUUUGUAUUUUAAGAUGUUGGAGAAAAGGAGAAAAAAAUCCCUUAUAAUUAAAAAAAAAUAUCUUCCA